AAAAAGCAUGUUGAUGCAUUUUUUUUAACAAGAGAAGUUUGUUAAAGAUACAAAAUAUCGUUUUACGGUAAUCAGUAGCGCGUUUUACGACAUCAGAUUUUGGGCGGGAAUACAACUCGGGUAGAGUCUAAUAUCGACCAAGUACGUGUGAGUAUAUUUAUCGUACCCGGGGUACAUGUAAGUAGUACCCGAGUCGACAGUGACCAAUCGAGCGUUAUUAAGACUUGUAAGUUUAUGCGCUUUACUUCUCACUUUGUUAUUAUUUAACGUUAUACGAGUUUUCGAAUUUUACUUUUUAAGUGACGUUUUGAAUUUUUUAAGUUUUAUAUUUUAUUGUUUUACAAGUUCAAUUAAAUUUUCAGGAAUUAUCAGAUAUGUGUUGAAUUAUUCUUGGUCCAAAUUUCAACACAAGGCGUUCAAAAAUAAGGUAGCUAUAUUGAUAUGAUUAAGUGAUGCGUUAGAAAGUCUCCAAGUAUAUACAGCUUGCUAUAUAUCUGAAUGUAAACAAUCAUUUUAAUUGUGUGUAAAAUGCAGAGUUCAAAUCUAAAAUAGCACUUACAAUGCCUGUCGUGUUGGUUAUUUUGUUAGGCACCAGAUGUUUAUCUGAUUGGAGAAAAAUGUUUCAACGGCACGGGACCAGACGCACAGCUGCUCACAUCUGAAGAAUUUAACGGAACAGCGCCCGCAAUUCGGCUUCCGCUCACCGGAUAUAGGACUAGGCAGGAGUAUCGAACCCUCUCGGUAUCCCAAAGGAAACGGUUCCACAAGGCGAUGAAUGAGCUCUAUAAGGACGGCACAUAUAGGUGUUUCGCUCGGGUCCACCGGCGGGGAAUGUCGCAAGGCGGCACACACGCAGGAUACGCCUUCCUCCCCUGGCAUCGGGCAUUCAUAGCGCUCUUUGAGGACGCGCUCCGCCGGAAGGACCGGGAUGUUAGCCUGCCCUACUGGGACAGCAGUUUGGAUGGCAACAUGGCCAACGGAAGCAAAUACUCCGUCAUGUGGGACAACGCGCACAUGGGGACCGGCAGGGGCGAGGUCAAUGAGGGCCCCUUUGCUGGCUGGCAGACGGUGAAGGGUAAUCUUACCCGGAACGUGGGCCGAGGAAAAGGGAAGCUGGCCAGACAGGACAGUAUCAAUUAUCUGCUCACUCUCUGCAGCUUUGACGAGUUUAGUAAAGAAUUGGAGAAAAUUCAUAAUGGCAUUCAUAAGUGGUUAGGAGGGGCUAUGAAAGGAAGCCUGGCCGCGUUUGACCCCCUAUUCUACAUGCACCACGCCUUCAUCGACGUCAUCUGGGAAAAGUUCCGACAGCGACAGCGCGCCACCUGUGGAGUGGAUCCGGCAUCCGACUACCCGCCUGCGCCUGUAGACUCAGGGGCACACGCGGCGGAAUAUUACAUGUUCGGGAUGCGCUUUUUCAAGAACAUAGACGGCAUGGCCGAUUACUGGAUCAACCAUUGGUAUAACUAUACGGACACACCCAUGUGCGCGAAUAAUUGCAGCGACAGCCCGGACCUAUAUUGCGACAAAGACAUAAACAUGUGUGCGUCGCGAUCGCAUGUUAGUUUUGGCGAUGAUGGUAUUGUGACGGAUGACGGUGGUUAUAAUUAGACGGGUGGCGAUGAGACAGGGACUCACUUGCGCGAUGUGCCCCCAACGGAAGUCAUCGCAGCGGAUGGAUGACGACGAGAUGAGAUGUCGAUCAACAGCGUUAUAUUUAAAGUGUUUUAUUAAAGACAUAUAGAAUAUCUCAAAUAAGUGCUUUCAAUUUUCUUAUCAGCCAAUGCAUAAUUGAUUCAUUAACAUCACAAUUAUUUAUUCACCAAUAAGUUGUGUAACCACCAUUUAUAAUUGUAAUGUACUGUAAUGAA